UGCUUAUCUUUUGAUAUGUUAUUUUGCAGUGCUGGUCCCAAAGGUGAUAACAUCUAUGAGUGGAGAUCAACCAUCCUAGGGCCUCCAGGAUCUGUCUAUGAGGGUGGUGUAUUUUUCCUUGACAUCACUUUUACACCAGAAUAUCCAUUCAAGCCUCCAAAGGUUACCUUCCGAACAAGAAUCUACCACUGUAAUAUAAACAGCCAGGGAGUUAUCUGUCUGGACAUUCUGAAAGACAACUGGAGUCCAGCUCUGACUAUUUCUAAAGUUCUCCUCUCCAUCUGCUCACUCCUCACAGACUGCAACCCUGCCGACCCCUUGGUGGGAAGUAUUGCCACUCAGUAUAUGACCAACAGAGCAGAACAUGACAGAAUGGCCAGACAGUGGACCAAGAGAUACGCUACAUAAACGGGGUUUCCACAAUUCCUACAUUAUUUGUCUGUCACAGAGAGAGCUGCUUAUGAUUUUGAAGGGAUGGGGGAGGGUGGGAGUUGAUAAAGAGUAGGGUAUUUCUAUAACAGAUAUUAUUCAGUCUUAUUUCCUAAGAUUUUGUUGUAACUUAAGGUAUCUUGCUACAGUAGACAGAAUUGGUGAUAGCAACUUUUAAACUCAUUAGUUUGCGAUAUUAGCUGAAAUGUAGUGCACAGAGGAAGCACAGUUGGGCUCAGUUGCUUGUAGUCUGUACAUUUAAAACAAUUUGAUUUCAUACAGGUUACAGACAUUGCCAUUUAUAUGAAGUCCUUGUAAGACCACAUUGUUUUAUGAAUCAGAUUUAUUUUCCCUUUUUAGAGGGGAAUUGGUAACAGUUUUUAGAGACUGUCAUCAUAUAUAUAUAUAUAUAUAUAUGAUGGACACCUGGCUAUGAAACACCGUAUAGGAAUGAGUAGUUGUGUAUUUUAUUUUAUAUGCCUGUCUACUUUAUUGUGAAAGAUUAGAGGUUUGAAUCAGAACUUGUGGAAACCUGUAGUAAAAUACCUUAAGCUGUUAACUGUAAGGCGUGGAAUAGGAGUUACUCAGUGGAUUGGGUCUAUGUUGUAGACGACUUAAGUCUGCAUUUGUUACUGUGCUAAUAAACAAAAUUAAAACAACCA